CUGCAUAUUACACUAAAGAUGCAAUGCCGAUCAACAAAGCCACGAUCAUGCCUCGCGGGCCAACACUCGGGCAUGCAUCCCUGUUGCCUGAGAAUGACAGAUGGAAUGAAACCAGAGCUCAGCUCCUUGCACAAAUGGAUGUUAGUAUGGGAGGGAGAGUGGCAGAGGAGCUUAUAUUUGGAACUGACCACAUUACAACAGGUGCUUCCAGUGAUUUUGAUAAUGCAAUUAAAAUAGCAAAGUGGAUGGUUACUAAAUUUGGAAUGAGUGAAAAGGUAUUGGUUAAUUUUAAUUGUCCUCAUGUCUCAAAUGAUAAGUGCCAAGUCCUCUGUGAGGGAGGGUUCUCAUUAUUAAUUGAUAACAUUUAUUUGCCUCUCGUUCCAAAUGGAUUUGUCCCAGCUUAUUUUAACUAAAACUUCUUUUCUGAGUAAUCACAUGUGGCAUUGUUUUUAUUCUAGCUGCUCGAACAGUAACAGUUGUUGCUUCAUGAGUUAACCAGAUGAUAAGACAAAUUAUUUAGUUGUUACUGUUCAUAUGACAGAAAAGACCUACUGGCUGACUUUGCCAUACUUUAACCCUUUGCACUUAUUCCACUUGCUUACAUUAUCACUGUAGUUUCAGGAAGCAAUUCCAAUUCUCUGAAUUGUGGGUUUCUGGACUUGGACUAGCUGCCAAGGUUGUCUAAGAAGGCACUCACGAUGGUUUUGAAUGUUCUCUCUUGCUCACUCUCUAAUUUUAGUUGUAUACUUUCAGAAGAAUGAUGAAAUUUCCUUGCCCUAAAGGCCAUUUUUAUAUUGAAUUUCUUCUUUGCCCCUAGCCCCGUGAAAUUUGUUUUCUUAUGUAUAGGAUAAUACUUCCUCUGCUACAUUUCUGUUUGAGUGUUGUCACUUUGUUGUUGUUGUUG